AAACCUUUCAAUAUUUUCAGAAAAAGAAAAUGUCCGAGACUCCUCACCUACCUAGCGAACCAGAGCCACCAAACCAACCCGACCCGCCCCAACUCACCCGCUGGUGCACCCAUCACAACUUCAACCCCUUCGCCGAUCCCAUCGAUUCCCGCAGCUCCGACGGCGACUUCUUCUCCGACGCCGCCUCCGAUUCCGACCGUGACGUCAGCUGCUUCGUCACCGAUCUCUUCGACCGUCGCGCCUCCUCCGAUCAUCAUCAUCCCCCCAGCGACUGCGUUCUCGUAUCGGGUUCGGAUCCGUUCGCGACCGAAUUGGAGAUCGAAGGUGACGACGGCGAUGACCUCGGGUCAAAUUCCAAUUUGGGGCUAGGGUUUGGGGCCGAGUCAAAUUCCCAGGGCUCAGGCUCUGAAUUCGGUGACUUUCUAGCUCCGCAAGGGCUUCGGGUUGUUGGGUUGGAGUCCGAUUCGGAUUCGGAUAUCGAUGAAUUCGAAAGCAAUCGGGUCAGCGAAGGUAUCCAGUCGAUUUGGGACAGUAUUUUCAUGGAGGAGCAGAGAAAUGCGUAUGAGAAUUCUGAGUGGGAAGAAGUGGAGCAAAGAAUUGAGCUGCCGGAUAGUUCAAUUGAGGGUGGAGGAGGAGGAGUGGAAGAGCUAUCAGUGGCCUCUGGAUUCUCUACUGAAGAAGAAGAGGUCCCCGAAGGAGCGGCGAGAAGCAUUGAGUGGGAGAUACUAUUGACAGUGAACAAUUUCAGGAGGAAUGUGGAUGAUGUGGAGCUUGAUAUAGAGACUGCUGAGUACAUCGAAGCGAUUUUCGGGCAGUUUGUGGAGAAUGCUAAUGCCUGUAAAGGCAGCCCUCCGGCGGCUUUGCGCGCUGUGGAAGACCUUCCUUUUGUGGAGUUUUCGGUGGAGGAGCUGAGCAAGGAGGAGGUGGUUUGUGCUGUUUGUAAAGAUGAUAUAGUGUUGGAGGAUAAGGUGAGGAGCUUGCCGUGUUGUCAUUAUUACCAUCAGGACUGCAUCGUGCCGUGGUUGAGCAUAAGGAAUACAUGCCCCGUGUGUCGGUAUGAGUUGCCCACAGAUGAUCUUGAUUAUGAAAGGAGCAAGUGCGAGAGGGCUGCUCGUGGCCUGUCGUGGGAAUCACAGGUUAGGCUUGAUUUUGAACGGUUUGUUUAAGGUAACAAUGUGUCUAUAAUUGCUUUGGUCCGUGUAAAAAUUGUACAUAGCGUUUUUUUUGGGCAGUGUUAUAUCAGAGUGAAAUUAAGCUUGUUAUAUAGCCUUGAGUUGUCAUUGUAAUAAAUUGAUCUUGAUGUUACUUGAGGUUGUGGUAGUAGUGUUCAUGCACUAACCUCUCAAGGAGGGACAGUGAUCAUCAAGUUAAAGAAGAUGUUUAAUUGUGAUUCAAUCUUCCUGAACUAAAUAUAUGAUAAUGUUCCAAUGUUA